AUGCCAUCCCCCGAAUUGGCAAGUGGAUCUGUUCCACCAGAGUACAACACCGCCGAGUCCCAUUUUGGUGUGCAGAAUGGCCCCGGCGCGCCUGGCACGAGACCUGGAGAUGAUUCAGAGGAGCUAGGCAGAGAACCAUUUGCCAAUGGCCAGGAGAGCAAUACAUUUGAAGAUGGAAAACAGAAUGCCAAGGCUAUGUUGGCAACGUCUGGUGUGUCGGAUCCCAACGCUGACCCUAAUGGCACCCCCCAAUCGAACGGUACAAAUGGUUCCGCGCAAAGUCAAAAACAAUCUCGCGAUGGGUCUGCCAUUCAAGCCAGUGACGUAUCAGGGACGAUGGCCGUCCGGACACGUGAGACACCUGUCGAACAAAUUGUGAUAGAGAACCUCGUGAAUCGCGAGUUUGAAUAUUCGGCUGCGAUCGCUUGGCAAAACCCAAGCCAGGAACUGCAGCAGGAGAAACGGGCGGAGCGUGAUUUCUACUUCCAACUUCGACGCGAAAACCAAACAAACCCAGCUGCGUUGUUUGGCGCAGGGUACGAAGGAUUUGGAAAUGUCCGCACAGAUCUGCGAAACCAUCCACCUCAGCUAUUGUACCCAGCCAAUCGACGUCGGCCUGGGAACCGCAAGACCCGCGAACUUCGAAUCUCACGUCGAGAUUUAAAGGUGCAGAGUGAGCAGAUGGAUGAUUUAGUUCCAAUCCGUCUGGAUAUCGAUUGGGAAAAGGUCAAGAUUCGUGACACUUUUACUUGGAAUUUACAUGAUCGUGUUGUGUCACCCGACCUCUUUGCUGAGAAGCUGGUAGAGGAUUUGGGUCUCCCUUUGGAAACUUCCACUCCCCUCAUACGCCAGAUCUCUCAGAGUAUUCAAGAACAGUUAAUGGACUACUACCCACAAAUUUACAUGCAUGAAGAGGCCCUUGACCCGCAUCUUCCCUACACGGCAUAUCGAAAUGACGAGAUGCGUAUCUUGAUCAAGUUGAAUAUCACUAUUGGACAACAUACUCUUAUUGACCAAUUUGAGUGGGAUAUCAACAAUGCACAAAAUUCUCCCGAGGAUUUUGCCAUGCGCAUGACAGACGAUCUUUCUCUCUCUGGCGAGUUCACCACCGCUAUCGCCCAUUCAAUCCGUGAACAAUCCCAACUCUUUACCAAAUCACUUUAUAUUGUUGCCCACCCAUUCGAUGGUCGCCCUAUAGAGGAUCCCGAUCUCAGCGCUUCUUUCCUACCAACCCCCGUAUCUUCCGCCUUCCGACCUUACCAAUCGGCCAAGGAACACACCCCUUACCUCUACGAAUUGAACGAGACAGAUCUUGAGCGAACUGAGAUCUCGAUAUCACGAGAGCAACGUCGCCAAAAACGGUCUAUAAACCGGCGUGGCGGUCCUGCUCUACCAGACCUGAAAGACCGGCAACGUACAAUCCGCACAUUGAUCGUAUCUUCUGUCAUUCCCAACUCGGCAGCAUCCUUGGAAGAAAGCAAUGUCAUCAAGCGCUCAGGAUCUGGUCGCCGUCGUGGCAUUGCGGGACAACGCGAUGAAGAUUCCGAUGAAUUUGAAAGUGAUGACUCGGAUGAAGGCUCUCCAGCAGUUGGGCCAAACCUUGCCCAAGGAACUGCCCGCACAAGAGGCAUGAGGGGAGCCGCCAGAGAAGCUCAUGCGGCCUUGCGUGCCGGUUUGGGUCACUCUGAAACCCCAGAGCCUGUAGCUUAUGAGCCUCGAGCGUCGGCCCGACGGCAACAAUACCGUGAAGAAAGUGACGAAGAACCGGAAAAAAUGAUUGUGCGAUUUAGGUUGUCCCGAGAUAAGUUGAUGGCUCUAAGAAAUGGGCAGCGAAUCGUUUCUGCUUCUCAAACGUCUUUUAACAGGGCAGCACCCAAUGCCACAACAAUGGCACCUCCCUCUGAUAAGCAAGGGCGACUCCCUGGACAUAACCCGCCACGGCCUCAACAAACAGGAGCCAUUGAUGCACCGAACCCUCCUCAGCCUGGUGUUUCUGCUCCCCCACCACCUAGCUGGCUGGUAGCCGGACUCCAGGGGUUAAAACAGGCCCAUCCCAACGACUCGUUUGAAGGAGUGAUGCGUUAUUCCGCCGUGGAUCUGGAAACUCUUGCCCCUGUGACCAAUACGAACAACCUCCAGCCAGGUCAAAAAAUAAAAUACCAGUACCUACCGCGAAUUCGAUGCCACGACUGUCCUGGCAAGCUGUACACACCUGGUCCCGGCAUGACUGUCGAUAACUUUGAGGUUCAUCUUCGCAACCGACAGCACAAGGAGCGGGUGGAGGAGCGAAUUGCCAAGACUCCUGCCAAUCCCAAUCUGGGUAGUGCAAGCCCGGCCCCUGCUGGUCCUCGUAUGGCGGCCAGUGCUAGUCCUGCAACCACGGGGGUUCCUUCACCCGUCCCUGCACCUCGUCCUUGA